AUGAGAAGAAGUGAACCAUCAAAAAAUUUAGUUCAUCAAAGAGAAAUUGAAAUAUACCAACAUUGUCUGUUUAAAUAUGAUUGUGAAGAAGAAACUGUUGAACAACAAGAAAGUACUUCUAUAUUAACUGAUAUUGACCAAACAGGAGUAGAAGAUGCUCUUGUUUUAUUAAAUGAAACAAUGGAAAUAUUUGAAUCUUUACAUGAACAAUUUUAUAAUGAUUCAUAUUCACUAACAACACCGUCUGUAGUGUUAUUGAGUCAAUUAUUAUCAUACCAAGUACCAUCAUUAAUUGAUGAGUUAAAUGAACUUAAAAAGACUAAAUUAAAUGAAUGUAUUAUAAUCGACAAUGGUGUAGAUAUAAUUGGAUAUGUUGAUAAAGAAGAAUAUAUUGGAUAUUUAUUAAUGAAUUAUAAAGGGGAUAUUAUUAAAAAGUUAAUAGAAUAUAUCAAAGGUUCUUCUGGAAAUGCAAUGAUAUCUUCUUCAUAUUUUAAUGAAAAUGAAAUAUUAAUAUUAAUAAGACAAGGACUAAUUACUGAGCAAAGAAAAGAAAGUGUUAUUGAACAUAAAUUAUUAUAUCCAAAUCAAUUUGUUUUUGCUGAAAAUUUAAAUAAAUGGAGAAAAAAGAUUAUUACUACAAUUGCUUCAUCACCAUUUCAUAUUAUUCAAAAAAAGAAAUUAGAAGAACGUUAUGAUAUGAUGUGUUUUAGUUUGGAAUAUCUUUUAACUGACCUUCUUGCCAAUUCUUCAGUUCGAUUGUUUGGAGUUAUUGUCUUCUUUUAUUAA